ACCCGAUCCACCCCAAAACACGCUUGCAUCUUGCAUCCACGCCUAACCUCUGCUUCUGCACUGUCGCUCUUUUGUUUUGCCUCGCCGCCUCUCUCUCUCACUCUCUCAUUGCAGCUUCACCUCCUCCCCCCCGUCUUGCAAUUGCAGCGAAUGCGCCUUAUCGCCGCCAACGACGCUGCACUCGCGGCCAUCCACGCCCACCGCCCACUCUCGCUCGACGCGCCUUCCCGCCCCAAGUCCCUCACCCGGGCCAUUGCCGCAGCAUGGCGACCAAGGCGAUGAAUCUCCCCAACUUUGGCGGAGCUCAUGCAGCAGGCAUCUUCUCCGACAUGACGGUCGACGGGCCGGUAAUAGGCACCCUGGUUGUCAUCAUGGACCGCGCCCGAAAUCUGCCCAACAAGAGGACCAUGGGAAAACAGGACCCGUACUGCGCUGCCCGGUUGGGUAAGGAAGCCAAAAAGACGAAGACGGACAAACGAGGCGGCCAGACGCCCAAAUGGGACCAGGAAUUGCGCUUCACCGUCCACGACUCGCCCGACUACAACCGCCUCAAGGUCUCCGUCUUCAACGACGACAAGAAGACGGAGCUGAUUGGCGAGGCUUUUGCCAAUCUCAACUCGGUCAUCACGCCCGGCGGAGGACAGAGUGACGAAUGGCUCGGCCUCAAUUGCAAGGGCAAAUACGCCGGCGAGAUCCGGAUGGAGAUUACCUACUACGACACCCGCGAGAAGAACGAAAAGCCAGCACUGCAGAAAAGGAGAGAGUCAGCCAAGCCAGAAGGCAAGGCUGCUGUGGGUGGAGCGCGCGAGAUGGCACCCGUCAAGCGACGUCCGCUCCCCAGCGACCCGACAGGCGCCACACCAUCGCCCGUGCAUACUCCAGAACAACGAGGACUGCGGGGUGUCAGGGCUGGCCCACGAGAGCUGGGCUCGCCGCGACACCAGCGGACACCAACUGAGCCGUCACCAGCACACCGGACUCAGUCGGAUGCACCUUCACGCAGGCCUGUGCCAGAAUCGUCCUCCCUAAACCCCGCGUCUACGUCGAGCCAGAUCACCCCACAGCGGCCCGCGCCGCAUGCGUCGUACAGCACACCUCCGAAUCCACGCUCGUCGGCCCAGAGGAUGCCUAUGGCGAGGGAAGAGAGCUUCGAUAUGUCCUAUGCUGCCCCCAAGCCAUAUGAAGUAAAGCCGAUUGAUCCUCUACCACAACGCAUCAGGCACUCGGAGCAGAGGAGGAUGUCUCAGGAAGAUGGUCAAUCUCCAAGAACCCAAGCGUUGCAACACCCCGAGCCACACACCUAUGAGUCCCCGGCACAACAGCAAAAACUACAAGAGCAGCAGAAGCAGAUUGAGUAUCUCCAGCAACAGUUGCUUCAGCACCAGCAGCAUGAGCCUCAACGGAUUGAGCCGGCCCCGCAGCCAGCUCGGCCAGUUCAGCCACCUCAGUCGUACGCGCAAGACCAGUACCAAGAUCCGACAUACCAGGUUGCGCCCCUGCGAAGCAGUCUCGACCAAUACUACGGUCAGCGAUUCAUCGAGGCACCGCCCCUACACGACGAAAGCCCUACGCAUCGCAGACGUAGUGCCAUGCAGCCCAUGGUGGAAGACGAGGAUGACAUGCCGCCACCGCCGCCCAUGCACAAGCGCAAUGCCAGCACCUUGCCUCACCCUAACCAAGAGAGCCCUGACCGUUACCGCAACGACGGCCCUGCGCCACUCAGCUUUGCAUCAAGGUCGAGAGGAGAUUCACUUCCCUACAGCUACGAUAUGCAGCCUCAGCAAUAUGAGCCCGACAACUACGCACCUCGACAACCUUCUGAACGACGUCGUCCCGUAUCUCGUGAUGCUAUGGUGCCGUCCCCACUAAGACAGGAAACACUGCGACAGGAACCACCGGCGCUGCCAACCAGUCUCAUUGCUGGGCUGAACCCGGUUAGGCAAGAGAUCGAAGCGCCACCUUACGAAGCUCCUCCUUCGUAUGAGACACCGCCGCAAUUGCGCCACUAUUCUGAGCCGGCCGAGUAUCGGGCCAUCACACAAUUUGAGGCACCCGUCCAGUCACAGGAGUUGGUCCAUCAUUCUGCGUACCAAUCCAACGACUACUAUCCCCAUGACCCGCCCGAACAGCCUCGCCAGAUGUCACCUCCUGUUUACGACCCCACUCCAAUUGUCAAGCCUCGUGCUACAAGUCCUGGUGUGAACCCGCGAUACUCUCCCAAUCCGGCUAUGGACCGCUACUCUCCCAACCCGGAUAUGGAUCGUUACUCUCCGAACCCGGUUACCGAUCGCUCGUCUAGGAUGCCUGCGCGAAGCAUGCCGACCCGCAAGUCGGUGUCACCUCGCCCACCACCCGCGAGGGAAGACACAAGUGAACGAAGACUUUCUGGAGUAGCAUUCAAUCCCGACAGUUUCGAUGUCUACAACCCCAGAAUGUCCAAGUCUCCAAUACCUUCGGAUGACGAGCUGGAACGACCAGGUAGCCGCAUGGAUGGUCGCGUUGUCGAUGCGUCGGACCAUCUGCCUGUCGACAACUGGGCACCCGAGCCAGUACCCAAGGGCACAGUGAAGGAAAAAGCUCCUCGCAGCAGAGCGCAGCUUAACGGUAGCAGAGAUCUCGAGGCCGCCAUGCAACGUGAGGAACGAUACCAGCGCGAGCGCGCUGACAGAGAACGCAUCCGCCAUGCAGCUAGCAUGAACUUUGACAACAGCAAUGCGCUAGUCACUACGAGACAUGACUUCAACAACGAUUAUAACUCACCUGUCAAUGCAGGUGCGUUGGUCCUUGUAAGCCAGAGUCAACACAACGCGCCUCCUAGUUCUACAGCACGUAGCAGGCCUACAAGGCGAGACCAACAACGUCCUGUAUCUGCCUACGAUACGCCACCGCAGUACAACCUACCAGACAGACAGGUUCUCCGCGAACGCGACAAUCCCAACAGUUACGGUAGCAGUCCUAGCUAUGACAGACGCGGUACCCAGAGGCAUAGUGUCGCAGCUCCACCCAUUCCCGCCAAGGUACCCAUCGAUAUGAAUGGCGGUGGCUACGGUGCACAGAACGAGGACAUGGCACUCAGCUUGGAGUUGCAGAGCAUUGACAUUGGACCCGGCUCUGGUGGACGCAGACCAAGAACCACGACUAGACGACAGUACGGAUUCUAA